AUGGCAUCAGCAAGUCUGCAGUUCUUUGCUUUUAUUCUGGCUUUGUUUGGUGUUUUGGGAGAUAUCACAGCCACCUUGCUACCAAACUGGAAGGUAAAUGCAGAUGUUGGUUCAAAUAUCAUAACAGCUAUAACACAGAUGCAAGGACUUUGGAUGGACUGCACAUGGUACAGCACUGGGAUGUUUAGCUGUAUCCUGAAAUACUCCGUUCUCUCUCUCCCUGUCUACAUCCAGGCUGCACGGACCACUAUGGUACUGUCUUGCAUCCUAUCAGCCUUUGGGAUCUGCAUCACUACAGUUGGAAUGAAAUGCACAAAGUUGGGAGGGGACACUGACAGCAAAAGUCAUGCUUGUUUUGCUGGAGGAGUCUGCUUCAUUCUUGCAGGAACCUUUGGAUUAGUACCAACAUCCUGGUACACGAGAGAAAUUAUUUCAAAUUUUCUGGACCAGACCAUUCCAGAGAGCAGUAAACAUGAACCAGGAGGAGCGGUUUAUACAGGAUUCGUUUCAGCAGGGUUUCUGCUUAUCGCAGGUUUGAUCUUCUGCACUUCCUGUUUUAAAAAGCAGCAAGGAGCAUGGAUUUACCCUCCAAAGCAGCACCAUUUCCCAUCCACAGAGCGGGAGAGCAACACUGGUUACAACCUGAAGGACUAUGUGUAA